AUUCACUUCCAUCCCGACACCCAAGAAUGCUGGGUCUCCUUUCCUUUGGUUUUUUGCUGUCAGUCCUGCAGCCGACGCUAGGCAUUCAAGUGUACCUCAGCCCUCAAAGGAAUACCUUCAGGCCAUCAUUGUCACCCUCGGACGCAAGCUCUGUUUUAGACUCAGUCGCGCCGUUGUAUGAAGAUGAUGCAUUCGUUGGCCAGGGAGCGAAGAAUGCAAUUCUACUGACCAUCGAAGAAUAUGAUGCAGAAGCUGUCUUACCUUCUUCACUGACUCCUUCAUUCAAGUUGUCAACUCCCUCUUCUGUAUCAAUAUCAUCCCUGUAUUCUGUCAUAUCGACCUAUCUUCAUCGAGCCAGACACGCGUAUGCCUCAGUAUACGAAGCCAGCCCUUCUCUUCUCCAUUUCGAAAACAUCAACUCCCUGAAAGCCUUCCUUGACGAAGUGGAGGAUUCAGAAUUUUCAGCUCUCGACCUUUCAGGGCUGGCAGCUGUGCGGAAGACCUAUGGUUCCGCCAGCGAAGAAUUCACACAGGCUACGUCAAUAAUCCGUACCUUCCUUGAACGAAACCUCGAUCAAGGUCAUGUACAGCUCGCUAUCUUGACUUAUACUCCGCCACCUACUCUUUCAUACUCUAAGCGACAGUCAAGUCCUUUGCAGUCGCAGAUGCCUUUCCCCCCUGAUCACGCCCCCCCUCAAGAACCUAUAGGUUCCGUUUCAACAUGCUUCGCUACCGAAGACACUUGCAACGAGGAAACAUCCACGUGUUCUGGAAGAGGACUGUGUGUUCAGGCGACAAAAGCUGGCAGGACAUGUUUUGUCUGUGCGUGUGGGGUUACAACCACCGGCGAGGGCAACAAAGUAAAGACGCAGGCUUGGGUGGGUGAGAGAUGCGAAAGGAGGGAUGUCAGCGGACCCUUCGUCUUGCUCGCAGGGACGGUCAUCGUCAUUAUUCUCCUAGGCGUCGGAUCCGUGUCGUUACUGUUCCAUGUUGGGAAUCAGGAGUUGCCAAGUACCCUGAUGGGAGGCGUGGUGAAUUCCAAGAAGGAUUGAAUGAGGAUGCACUGAACGGGCAGUCUUCAUGGACCACGCGGCAGAGGGGUAAGGGUGACCCGUACCGUGUACGAGCAGAUAUCCCCUUAUAAUGACCUUUUCCUAUUGCUGUCUUAAUUAAGUUUCUUCGCUAUAUCGAUGUAGUCGUCGACGAGAUUUGAAUAUCCGGUGUUCAAAGUUAUAACCUAGACCGACACAAAUUUUCAAACAAAUGACAUGUU